UCUCAGUCAGACCCUUUGGAGCAUUUCCUUAUUCUCACACACACACAGCAGGAGGCUGGAGAACCACACCUCGUGCUGGAGUCAGAGGAGUCCCCAAGGCGAGAGAGAAAGUUUCCACUGCCAGCCAGGGAGAGAAGCCAGCAGGCUCGCUGGCUGGGGGAACUGGAGGCAGAGAGAAGGGGCGACGCCGGGAGGAACCCCCACCGCUCCCCAGCGCCAGGUGAAGGCCAGGUGCCGUUCAAGCAAGUCUCUCCACAGAGGGGUAUUCCUCAGCAGCAACCGGCUUUUCGGACGCCGAAAGGAACUCCUUCCUGCUCACUGGAACGUCUUUUGUUUGGGCCUGAGAUCCCCUCUUGACCCCAGGCAUGAUCCUGGAGAUGUUGGCCAUUGCUUGAAUUUCUGGCCACGCCAUAGGAACAGCUUUUGAGGGGGGACCCUCCCAGAACGUGGAGCAGGAGGGCAGCCAAGGCAAGAGGGCGGAAUUAACCAGUGUCAAAGAGGAGAUCGACACAUCCGAUAGAAAGCUGGAAGCCUCCGCGAAUAUGAGCGAUUUCUGGCACAAACUGGGUUGUUGCGUGGUAGAGAAGCCACAGCCGAAGAAGAAGAGGCGGCGAAUUGACCGCAGCAUGAUAGGCGAGCCGAUGAAUUUUGUCCACCUGACGCACAUUGGGUCCGGAGACAUGGCGAACGAGGGGCUUCCAAUGACAGGGGCUGUCCAAGACAUGAGAUCCAAACGCGGCCGAGAGCGACAGUGGAGCAAUUCUCAUGUUUUGUAGCUCUGUGUCUUUCUUCCUCCAUGUUUCAGGCUCGUUAAUAAAAAAAACCAAAAAAAAAAAAAAAGGCAAAAGAAGAAAGAAAUAUAUAAACAGCCCUCACUCGAAUUACCUGUUUUGGUCUUGUUGAAACAGGUUGGAAACAGAGACAUCUAGUGCUUUAUUUCCUUAGUAACUUAUGCAAACUGAUUCCAAACGUUCUAGUUGUUGUUGGUUUUUUAAAGAACAAAAAAAAGCAGUUUACUUGGCACCCUAAUACCAGCCUCACCAACUAUAAAACUGAGGCAGUGGAAUCAAAUGCGCUCUUCAUGGCAUUUUGCACCUGACCCGUCCCAGCGAGUGGCAUUUGUUGAUUUUUCACAGUCGUCACCUUUUUAUGCCUGCAAAAAGUUGUGCCGCAUUAUAUUCUUCAGAGCUUCGUGUCUGACACUGCAGCAGCUAACAGAACUGAUCUAUCGACAGGUUUUUUGUUUUAAUCACAUCUUAGAUCGAUAUUUUUCUUGUCUGGAGGAACCACUGGAAAGACUGAAACUUAAGUCACUGGAUUCCCACCCCAUCCCAUCCCACCCACCCACCCCCCAAGUAUCCAGGCUCAGUUAUGCCAUGCGGCAAAGAUUCUGGAUGCUGUUAAGAAUAGCCAAACAGCUUUGACUCAUGGGGUGCAAGCCUGUCAGAUGUUAAGCUGCACAGUCCCCACAGAAAUGAACAAGAGCACUGUAGUCGGCGACGUCACAGGCACUGCCCAAUGGUGCUCUCCAUGGUGAUGCUCUUGCUCAGUUCCCGCUCACAACCAUGCAGAUUGCAUAGGAUAACUUCCCGGUGGGUUGUGCCCAGAGCUCAUUAGUAGAAAAGAGGGUUGCUGUUUUUGGAUAUCCACUUCGUGCACCGAAACAUCGCAGGACGUCCAGAGCUCUGAGUGCGAUUGAUGGGGAUCCACUGAGCAGCAACAUCUGCACAUCAGAAUCUUUGGGCACAAAAUGCAGAGGAAGAGAAACACCAAGGCGAGGCCAUUCUCCUGGAGUGACUUUCUGCUCAGCUGGGAAUAGUGAAGAAAGAAAAGGCGUCCAAACCAGCAGAACGUACGGGACAGCAGGAUCACCAUGGCUAUCUGUUGACUGUGGGAUCCAAGCCAUGAAAGUGAUUCGUGGCCGAAUUGCCUGUAAGUGAAAUCACUGCAGUUUUGAUCUGCCAGAAUGGAAGAGCUGGUCCGGUUUUCCUUUUCCCCUCCCAGUUUCUUUCAGGGUACACAUACCUGAAAAAGUGAAAUUUUUAAUUCCAGGGUGGGGGGGGGUAUUCAUGGAGUGAAAUGCAGGAACAGCCACAAGGGCCAAGAUGGUUGCCCAUUGGUAAAAUCAUACUUUAAACACAAAAGAUACUGGGUUCGGUCCAGGAGAAGCCCACUGCCAAAAACCCCAGGUGCUCGUGCUCAGCCGUGAGCGAGGUGCUCCAGUGGUCCAAUUCAGCCUAAGACAGCUUCUUACAUUCAUAUCUCUGGGCCCGGCUGCAGUGCCAGCAGAACUGUCCAAAGCCCUUUUUUCCCCAAGUAAUGCUGAGAGAAUCAGCAUCGUGCAUUAAUUACUUGCAGAGAGACAAAGCGGAAGGACAUCCAUGUUUAAAUCAAACACCCAUCCUAGGCAAUGUAGGUUUUGCAUCCAAAAGAGAGGUGUGGGAAACGUAGAAAACAGGACUGUCGCCUGAUUAAAGAAAAGUUUAGUUGAUUAAUCAAAUGAAUGUUACCCAGUGAAUCAGUUAAAUCUAUGCAGCUGCAUAGGAUGGAACUGAAAAAACAUGCUUUGUGUUUAGAUGGUGUGUGUAUCAUCAUAGCAGGAGCCAUGUUGGAAGAGGCAUUCCCUCCUGUGUGAGAGUGAUGGGGGGAAUGCCUCUUCUGAGAUGGAAUUAAAACAGGCAUACCUAUAUGUGGGUGAAAGUGGGAAUGCUUCUUCUAGAAUGAUGCAUUCCACUUGUUUUUCUAUUUAAAAAAUCAUCCACUUUUUUUUAAAGUUACCCAAGUAGUUGGGAAUGCCUUUUUAGUCUGUCAAACAUUCUGUGAUUUUAACAAGUAAUUGAUAAGUUGCAGCCCUAGUAGAAACCGAUAGAAGCAUCACUUGUAAAAAGCACUUGUCCCAUCUUCCCCUCCAUACUUCUAAGGAACUUUGGGGAUUGUAGUUCCUUUCCUUCCCCAUUACCCCCUUCACUUAUUUCCUUGAUGCUACUGGCCCAACCUCUCGCUUCCUCACUCCACUGUUCUGAAUUGCUACUUUUGCUUGGACAUGAGAGGAGGAGGAAACCACUCUUGGUUGGCCGGGUCUGAAAUAAACAUUUCAGAUUUUUUGGUCCUGAUAGCCAGGCAACUGGAGAUUUCCCAGUCUAGUCGGGAGAUUCUUCCUUGAUUCCCUCUUUCCAAAUUUCGUUGUCGAUUACGCUGGCACUGCAGGCCAUAUGAAGCCGUCAGGCUGAGCUUUGGGGACCGUUAGGUUCCCACUGCAGCAACCCCCCCUUUUUAGUCUUUAACUGGGUGCCUUUUAAUGCUCACUGUUCCUGGGAGCAGCAGAUCCUAGGAGCUGUACGGGUUGAUGAGGGAGGGGGAAAGCAAAGCAAGGAGUUUGGCUUACUCCGAUCAGGUUAGGAGAACGCCGUUUAGAUCUGCCAUACGGCUGUUUGUGACACAAAAUACUUUGGACGGUGCCAUAAUUUCUCUCCCUCUUUUCUGUUUGGGCGCUGGCUGCCAAGGAAGGUUCCUCGACACUUCAGCCCACUCGGGGAGGCUUUCUACGUGCUACUCGGAGCUAUCCUGCUAUUUUGCCACAUUAUGGGGGUUUUGUGGGUUUUUUUAAAGUCUCGGAACGCUAGAAAUGUUACAUUAAGCUGCCUUUUAAAACAAGGCUUUUGAGAGAUUUUUCUCAAAAGCCACAGAUUUUCUCCGCGCUCUUUUCACAGCCAAUUGCAUUCCGAUUUUAUCGUGGAUUUUAUCAGGGAGACCAUUUUUGGUGUGUGUGGUGGGGGAGACUUUGUGGUUAGGGGGCAGGAAAGGCAGGGAGUUUUGUCAAGGUAAGGUUUCACACAACAGCUUGGUUUUUUAAAAAAAGUGUCGGACUGGCACAAAAGGUGAAGUUGAGGGUUGCCAAUUUUUCAAGCUCCUCUCCCUUUGAUCUGCAGACAUGAGCAGAGGGCCCUGCUUGAUCUCCAUGCCGUCAGAAGCUCCCCCUGCUGCUGUCAGCAGAUCAAGUCCCUAGGAACGGCACCCCAGUCGGCCGGUUUGUUGGCACUGCCUUCAAUCUCAAAAAUUCCUCGAACGCAGGGCUAGCCAGCCUGAAGAUUUCUGGCUGGUUUUGGACUACAACUCCCAUCAUCUCCCCACCAGGGGGAUGAUGGGAGUUGUAGUCCUGCCACGGCUGGAGAACCACAUGCUGGCCACCCCUGCUCUUUGGUCCCGUCCAUUAAGACCGCUUCCUCCCCCCGCUUGCCCUUUAGCAACGGCACCUUCAACAGGUGAAGCCUGCCCCCUCACCUGGAGCUGCAGCAAUGGAGGAAGUUGCCUCCAGCCUCUACGUUUCUUCUAGUAUGUGUACAGAAGCUGAGUGAAUAAAGCACCCUGUGCGUGAGCUCGGUGGGGUUCCAGCUGUCUCUGUUCCUGCUCUUUGCCCCAUGGUUUCCAGGAGUGGGGAACGAACAGAAGCCCCUUUCUGCUCGCGCAUGUGCAGGUCAGUGCAUGCGCAUGGACACUACUGCCCUCUGCAGUGCACCACCUGCCACUGCAUGCCGUGCUGUUUAAUUCUGAUGACCUCUUGAGAAGAAUUCCGGGUUUUCUAGUCCACCUGGCCCCAGGAACAUCACCUCUGCUGGGCUUUCAAAGUGGCAGACAGAGCAGAGCCUUCGGUGAUGGAUCAGAGAGGCUGGAGGAGGGAUCUUUAGUCUGAGAACAGGAAGCUGCCCAGUGUGUGUCUGCAUCUGUGAAAUUCUGGGAGGAUAUACACAAGGCUAGUUCACACGGUCAUUGAUACUCAGGUCUGGGAGCUGUGAACGUUCCCAGUUGUGUCCUCGUAAAAAGCAAGGUCAGAGGCGGGGAAAGUGAUCGUGUGCAAGGCUCCUGCUGGGUGGGAGGACUCCGUCCUACCCAGCAGUUUAACAAGGUAGGAGGAAAAACCCAGUGGGCGUCUCGCAGACACUCACCUCCCCCCCCGCCUCCAACCCGGCUUUGACUCGCACACGAUCACGAUACGGGAAACGAUACGGGACACUUGUCUGACCCGAUUCAUGACCGCGUGAAGUAACCUACCAAAAACACAAAGUAAAUUAACCUACCGUGAGCCCAUUUUAGUGGAGAUUCCCAAAAAGCAAAGUCAAAAGCCAAGCCACACGCCAGAAGUUGGGGCAGGAACCAGCAUCAUAAGUGGCAAGCUCCUAUUGAAUGCCCCAACCCUGCUGGUCAGAAACUCAUUCACUGAGACUCUGGAUUAACUAAUCCGGAAUCAUUCCCAUUGGCUCCCGCAACCCAUCCUGUUUCCUUGCCUAAACUAUUUAUGAUCAAUCAUUUUAUUUACGGCCGUUAAGCCAAACUAUUUCUGAAGCGACCAGAACCAGCCAUGUCCCAUGAGGACUUCUCCAGUCUCCCGGCCCUGGUCUCCUUCCUCUUAAUAAUUCUAAAAGUAGUUCAGUGUAAAAUUCUAGCUUAUGCCACACUCAUUUUCCCCAGCCGGAUUGGGGAAGCCAACUCUUUGGGGGAAAAAUAGCUGGGCUAUUCUCUUGUACAACUAGCUAGAUAUUUUUUGUUGUUUGAUAGAGGAGUUUAGUGUGUGUGUGGAGGGGGAAGGCUGUCUAAAAACAAGAGGUCAUGGAAAGGAGUUUAUCAGCCAUCUACACACAGACAUUUUCUUCGUGGAAAUCUGCUGUAUUCAGGAAACUGCAGCUUUUGGGGUGGCUGUGCUCUGAAAGAAAGCUCUCUCUCUGGGGCAAAGAUGAAUUGUAUAGAAGUGUGUUUCCCUCUUUUACCUUUUUAAAACUCCCCUCGCCCCCUUCGAGAAAGUGUCGCGUAUGCUUGAAAAAUUAAAGGUCAGAUUUGUCGUGA